CCUCGCAGACAACCGCACAAUGCGCGUUGAGGACUAUGUAGAGGGAGUUCAGGCGUACUUUCGCCUAAAAAGGAUGGGAAGGUGGAGAAAGUUCUCCAUUCCCUGACUCUCCUCGUACAAGAUGACCUUCCUUUCGAUGUAGUGUUAGGAAUGGAUUGGGGAGAGGUAGCGGGGGCCACACUCCAUCUGAGAGAGCAUGAGUGUAGGCUCCCUGGUCCGUCAGGCGAAGUGAAGACUGCUCGCCUGUUCCAUGUGUCUGGUGUAGAUAACACCUUGGGGCAUUGCUGUCUCAGUGCUCCCGCGUUCGCGCGAUUAGUAAGAAAGGAGCAGUUAGAGGAACAGGUCUUUGUGGUGUAUGUUAGACCUGUCACUGAGGGCCAGAAGAAGGAUAACUCCACAGACCCUACAAUUGCCAAGCUGCUGGAGGAGUUCGAAGAUUUGACUGAGUCGCCGACAGUAGUGCCGCGACCCAUCCAGCAUAGGAUAGAGAUAGAGCCUGGCAGUAGAACACCUAAGGGUGCAGUCUACAGGAUGUCCCCUAGAGAGUUAGAGGAGCUUCGCAAACAGUUAGAUGAACUCCUUGAGAAAGGGUGGAUCAGGCCCAGUUCGUCUCCUUUUGGGGCACCUGUUUUGUUUGUCCCCAAGAAGGAAGGAGAGCUGAGAAUGUGUAUAGACUAUAGGGGAUUAAAUGCGAUCACCGUGAAGAAUGCUAAGCCGCCGCCCAAGAUAGACGAUCUUUUAGAUCGGGUGCAGGGUUGUAAGUAUUUCUCUAAGAUAGACUUAAAGUCCGGAUACCAUCAGAUAGAGGUUCAUCCUGAUGAUCAGUACAAGACURCGUUCYGKACUASAUAUGGGCAUUAUGAGUUUAUAGUGAUGCCCUUUGGACUAACCAACGCGCCAGCUACUUUUCAGCGUUGUAUGAAUGACCUGUUUAGACCAUGGUUAGAUAAAUUUGUAGUAGUCUACUUAGAUGAUAUCCUAGUCUUUAGUAAGACCCUCCAGGAGCACCAGGAUCAUCUGAGGCAGGUCUUGGAGAAGCUUAGAGAGGCUAACUUCAAGAUCAGUGCGAAGAAGUGCGAGUGGGCCAAGACGCAAGUCUUGUACUUGGGCCACGUGUUGGACGGAGAUGGCAUUAAGCCAGAGGACAGCAAGAUAGCGGUGAUUAGAGAUUGGCCGACGCCCCGCACGUUGACAGAGUUGCGGUCGUUCCUAGGCCUAACUAACUACUACAAAAAGUUUGUGAGGAACUUCUCCACUAUCGCUGCUCCUUUGCGCAGGUUGUUGAAGAAAGAGACAAUCUGGCAAUGGGAUAAAGACUGUACGUCUGCGCUAAAAGAGUUAGAGCGCGCGUUUAUAGAAUAUCCUGUCCUCAAAGUAGCGGAUCCGUCCUUGCCAUUUGUCGUUACCACGGACGCAAGUCAGUAUGGGAUAGGCGUCGUGUUGCAGCAAGACGACGGCAAUGGCUAUAGAUCCGUAGAGUUCAUGUCAGCGAGGAUGCCCUGUGAGAAGGGUGAUCCGGAUCAGAAGGAUUGGGUUGACCGCCUCCCCGACAUCGAGUUCGCCUACAACAGCUCGUUACAUCCGGCGAUCGGCGUGACGCCAUUCGAGUUGCACCACGGUCGCCGGAAAGGCCGUAUCUUCGCUGAUCUUCUCGUGCCACGACCAGCCAACAUAGACGCCGCUUGCUCUCCCGCUUCCGUCCGGGAGUACAGGGAAUUGCUGGCUCAAGCCCCCGCAAACAUGCAAAAAGCUCAAGUCCGCAUGCAGCAGCAAGCCAACAGGCGUCGCGUGCCAUGUCCCAUCCGCAUCGGUGAUCUGGUUUGGGUCUCCUAGGAAGAGUUUGCACUCGCUCCCCUAGUGGUUUGGACCAUGGCCCGUAACAUCAGCCGCAGGCGAUGAGCCCGAUGGCCCCUCAUUUGUGA